CAUUCUACAUCGUCUGUUGAGCAGUCAACACCGUUUGGUAUUCAAAAUUAAAAAAAUAAUAAGUAAAAAUUCAAUUUUGUGCGAAUUUCGGCUUUUCCAAAUUCUUUGCUCAUGGAUCUUUCCAAGGCCGAAAGCCAAACGCCCGCCGAAGAGCGUCGUUCGGGAAACCAAGAUUAUCUGAGGUCCCUGCUUCAGGACAUCCUCUGUUUCCUCGUCCUGCUUUCGGUGGCUCUCCUAAUUGUGGCUGGCAUACUCUUUGUGGUGGAGGACGUCAGUCGCCUGCAGCAGCAACAACAGCAGAACCACCAUCAACACCAUCGGCACUUGCAUCGGGAUCAGAUGACCAAUGAUUGGAAAGGAUCACCGGUUGAAGAGGCACCCAAGCAGGGAUGUCGAUUCUUCCGGCCACAUACAUGGAUCCGAUUCUUUAACUGCCAGAAAAAGAUCCCCCAACAACAGGAGGAAGUCGAAAAGGAGGCGGUACAGUUUGGGCCAUCAAAACAGGAAGAUCGAGAGCAACAGCCUUUCGACCGUGUUCCCACCUAUCACCCGGCGAUAGAACCUCUACCUCUGCGGGCUGCCGGAGACUAUAUCGAGGAAGCUGCCAAUAAGAAACUGGAUUCGAAACCCCAUCAACUGCUAGCCAACAAUAUCUAUAGGACCUAAAAUAGAAACUGUCCCUUUUACAGGCGUUUUAAAAUCUGUUUGAAUGUUCUUUUUGACGCCUUUUCAGCUUCAGAUUAUCGGGUAUUCCCUGAUAGAUUUGUCAUUUGAUGUAAAGAAACCACCGGACUAGUCAAUUUAGAUUCCCUGGGUCCCGUGCCCUAAAUAUUCAAUAUUUCUCUCUACCUUAGGUGGCCAUCACGAGCUAGAACUCAAAUAAGAAAGUUGAACAAUUAAUCGCAGAAAGUUUAUGCCAAGAACUUAUAUUUUUGUAGCGAAUUGAAUUGGACUGUUCUUAUUGACGCCCCUGCAGCUCCAAACUGUCGGGUGUUCCCCGACAGAUUUGCCGUUUGAUGUACAGAAGCCACCGAGCUAGUUCCAAUCAAGAUCGAUUGAGAGGUAGUCUCGGACUUACAAAUGAAGUAGAACCCUUAUUCCAUGCACUCCGCUAUGACUUAUGCCCCUUCCGCUUUCGGUGUGCCAUCAAGAGGUAGAACUCAAAAAGAACAUUCAGAAGGCGAACGGCACUAAAUUAGGAAUAGGAUCUCAGAUAGAAUUUGUAAUAAAUUCCAGAACCUUAA